AUGGCGAGCGCGUCCCGACUCGACGAAGACACAGCUCAGGCCGCCUUGGCCAGGCAGAUGAUAGAAGAAUUCAUUUCGCUGCGGAUCGCGCACUGGAAGACGAAGCAGCGCAGGAUCACCGACCGGGAGGUUGCGGCCCAAAUCGCCGCUCUGUGUUGGGAUUACGAUUCCCUCCCAGAUCAGGGCCCGGGAUGCCUCCUGCCCGAUCGCCAGGGCGGCUACGUCUAUGUCCCGUACGAUGGUCGCAGAGAGGGUCUCCCGCCCGACAUCCUGCGGCGCGCAUUGAGUCUGGAUCACUGGGAGAAGAAUCCCGCGAAUUGCCCAGUGAUUCUCCAGAUGGACAAACUUCUUGAGAAAGAGGUUGAUGAGAAGUGCUUUUGGGAAUUCCUGGACGGCGGGAACGCAUCAGGGGUAGAUUUCCACGGCAAGAUCAAGAUACUCGCCAAGUACCGGCUCAUGAAGGGUGGUGUCGAUGGUGUCGAUGUAUCACCCAGCCAUCCCCGCAUCCCGCAGUUCAAAUUCGCCGUCACCCACGUCACCGAGUUCGGACGCGUUAAGAUGCAGUGGUGCCGCCUUAACUGGGGCUGCAGCGAAAAGGAAAUCCAACGGUGUCUCGACGCGGCUCCCAAACCACAGUAUCGCCUCGACACAAUCCGUGACCGUCUGCUCCGCGAACUCGGAAGGAUCCAGCAGCCCGAGGACGCGGUCAGAGAGGCGAAGGACCUUGUCGAAGAGCUCAAAUCGGAUAAUGUUGUUGUCGAGUACGAGGCGGAAUGGUCCUAUUUUCUGACCGGAAACCUUGACGAGGCAACGGCUCGCUUAGAAAAGAAACGCGAGUGGAAGGCCCUCAAGACGCCCGACGACGUCAAGUUGAUGAAGUGCUCCAGCAACGAACAGGGGAGGUGGCCGAUCAUGGCUCGUCCUUGGGAAAUGCGCAACCACGAUAUAUGCUUCGCGAUCUUCAAACUCCAGCAGCGCCAGCUCCUCCACGCCCAGCAAGUCGAGAAAGCGGCACUCAAUGUCAAGGACAAGAACGGACAACCAUAUUUCACUGGAGGCUAGGUGUCUUCCAUGGAUUACGCGCUGCGUUACCGGCCGGUAGGAUGAUUAGUUAUAUUGGCGUGAGCUUGGUGCUGUUGACUGUUUCGUUGAAUCUUCGGGCGGUUAGGACGUUGGAGGCGUCGGG